UAUACACUACAAUAUUGAUAUUAAUGUUCAAUCAAAAUGUCGGUAUUUCGGAAGUUUCUUCUUUCACUUGUGGUUGUCUGUCACGGAGCUCCUGCUUGUAAUGACAUUUCUGUAGCAAUGCGUUUCGACUGUUUUCCAGACUUGCUGCCUACUCGAGAGAAGUGCGAGUCCAGGGGCUGUUGCUGGAAUGAAUCUCAUGUAGUAUUUGGUGAGAGUGUUGGGAUGGGUGUGCCUGCCUGUUUCUAUCCAAGUGAUUUUGGUUAUCAGCUGUCUGAUAUGCAUAGUGGAAAGACUGGUUUGUCGGGCACUCUAAAUAUGCAGAGCAAGGGUGGUGCGUAUGGAUAUGAUAUUAAACGAUUGACUGUGGACAUGAUGAUGGAGAGUGAAACCAGAUUACAUGUCAAGAUCUAUGAUCCAGCAAACAAGAGAUAUGAAGUUCCAUUUGACCCUCCAGGGUUCGGCACAAAACCAGCAUCUUUGGCAUAUACAGUGGCAUACACAAAGUUUCCAUUUGGGUUUAGUGUUACAAGAAAGUCAACUGGAACAGUCAUAUUUAAUUCUACUGCUGGAGGCUUUGUGUUUGAGGACCAAUUUUUACAAAUGUCAACUGUUCUUUCUUCAUCUAAUAUUUAUGGUCUCGGAGAACACGUGGCUCCUCUAAAGCUCAACAUGAACUGGCAACGUAUGUCACUUUUUUCAAGAGACAGAGGUACACCAGAGGGUGAAGGGCACAACUUGUAUGGUGUGCAUCCUUUCUAUUUGAAUAUGGAAGAUGAUGGAAACGCUAACGGAGUAUUUCUUCUUAACAGCAAUGCCAUGGAUAUCAUCUUACAGCCUACACCUGCUGUAACUUAUCGAUCUAUUGGAGGCAUAUUUGACUUUUAUAUAUUUUUGGGACCAAAGCCAGAUGACGUUAUCCAACAGUAUGCGGGGGUUAUUUCAUCACCGUUCAUGCCUCCAUAUUGGGGUCUUGGAUUUCAUCUUUGCCGAUGGGGCUACGACAAUGUGAAUAACACAAGGGCUGUUGUAGACAGCAUGCGGAAAGCCGGUAUUCCUCAAGAUACUCAGUGGAACGACAUUGAUUACAUGGAUGGCCAUAAAGACUUUACGUACGAUUCAAACAAGUUUGCUGGUCUGCCGAAGUUUGUUGACCAGUUGCAUGACGAGGGAAUGCAUUAUAUUGUGAUCACAGAUCCCGGGAUUAGUAGCAGUCAGAGUCCAGGGUCUUACCCACCAUAUGAUGAGGGAAUGAAGAUGGAUGUGUUUAUUAAGGAUGCUAACGGAAAGCCUGCUAUUGGUCGGGUGUGGCCAGGUGAAACGGUGUUUCCUGAUUUUUAUCAUCCUAAUUCGUCUCAGUACUGGAAAGAGCAAAUCAAGGCAUUUCAUGACAAAGUUGCAUUUGAUGGACUCUGGAUUGACAUGAACGAGGUAUCUAAUGAAGUCGACGGAUCUAUAAAUGGUUGUCCAAACUCUAAACUGGAAGAUCCACCCUAUAAGCCAGAUCUUGAUGGAAGCCAGUUGCGGACUAGGACGUUGUGUAUGACUGCUAAAAAUGCACUUUCAGUUCAAUAUAAUCUUCACACUAUGUAUGGCUACUCAGAAAUGAUAUUAACAAUGAGUGCUUUGCAUGACGUACUUGGAAAACGCGCCAUGGUAAUUUCACGUUCAACGUAUCCUAGUAGUGGGACAUUUGGUGGACACUGGCUAGGAGACAACAUGAGUUCAUGGCCUGAUUUGUACUUGUCCAUCCCAGGAAUCUUGAACUUCAACAUGUUUGGCAUUCCUAUGGUUGGUGCUGAUAUAUGUGGAUUUGGUGGCAACACGACGCCGGAACUAUGUGCACGCUGGAUGCAACUCGGAGCCUUUUAUCCGUUCUCUAGAAACCACAAUGCAAUUCACAGCAAACCUCAAGAUCCACCUUCGCUUGGUCAGGACGUAGUUAAUGCAUCUCGUUCUGCUCUCCUAACUCGUUACUCUUUGCUACCUUAUCUCUACACGUUGUUCCAUCUGGCUCAUUUGACUGGCUCAACCGUUGCAAGACCACUCUUUUUUGAGUUUCCUACUGACAAUGCAACUCUGAGUAUUGACCAGCAGUUUUUGUGGGGAGGUGGACUGUUAAUUAGCCCAGUUCUUAAACAGGGUGCAACAAGUGUGGUGGCGUACUUUCCUGCAGGGCGAUGGUAUGACUUUUACAAGGGUGGAGAAGUUACUCCGUCUACUACUAAAGUUGGUCGAAAUGUGACACUUCCUGCUUCAAUGGAUUAUGUAAAUUUACAUGUUCAUGGUGGACAUAUUCUUGUUCUACAACAGCCAAACUUAACAACUAAUGCCAGCCGUAAGAAUCCGUUUGAACUGACAGUUGCACUCGAUGACCAAGGACAUGCUAGUGGUUUCCUGUUUUGGGAUGAUGGAGACUCUCUCGAUACAUUUGAGAAUGCCAAUUAUGCAGCUGUCAACUACACCACAGAAGAUUCUAAGCUAGUGGCUACUGUUGAGAGCCUAGCAUAUCAGGGCAUAUUAUCAUUACGAAUGGACAAAGUGAGAAUCUUUGGCUUCAGCAAGUCUACAAUGCCAUCCAAGGUGCAAGUUAAUGGUCGGCUUGUGGACAAGAAUAAUGUGUUGUUUGACAGCACAGCAAAGGCUGUGACUGUAAACAACUUGAAUUUGCCAAUGGGUAAAGGUUUCACAAUGGAAUGGUUUAUAUAGAUUUCAACAUAUCACAAACAAUACAGCGACUUAUUGAGUGUUGCACUAGAAUGUUGAUGCAUAUAUGCAUUGUUGUGUUGGCAAUACGUAUAGUCAGACUUUUGUUUAGCUUUUGUUAUUUGUUCUUUCGGAAGAAGAAAUUAAAACGUUGUCCCUGAAAGAUGGGGCAAAGGUUGGAAGUGAUUAUACUGAAAUAGAUUAUUUUAUUAGUCUGUUGAA